AUGGAGACUGGAGAUAUAUUUAGAGUAAGUAGUGCACGAGUUAGUAGUUCUAGUGUAUGGAGGAACAGUGCCAGAGAAAUUUUUUCGAUGUCUUCUCGUGAAGAAGACGAUGAAGAAGCUCUGAAAUGGGCUGCUCUUGAAAAACUUCCCACUUAUCUUCGAAUAAGGAGAGGCAUACUGACUGAAGAAGGUGGCCAAUCAAGAGAGAUUGACAUAGCGAAUCUUGGGCCAGUGGAGAAAAAGAACUUGAUGGAGAGGCUUGUGAAAAUCGCAGAGGAAGAUAAUGAGAAGUUCUUGAUGAAGCUCAAGGAACGCAUUGAUCGAGUCGGACUUGAUCUCCCCACUAUUGAAGUCCGGUUUGAGAAUUUAAAUGUUGAUGCAGAAGCUUAUGUUGGCGGCAGAGCACUGCCUACUUUAUUCAACUUCUCUGUAAAUAUGGUUGAGGGGUUCUUGAAUUCUAUACAUGUUCUUCCAAGUCGGAAGAAACCAUUACCAAUACUUCAUGAUGUCAGUGGAAUCAUCAAGCCAGCCAGAAUGGUAUUGCUUUUAGGCCCACCAAGCUCCGGAAAAACAACAUUGCUGUUGGCAUUGGCUGGAAAACUUGGUUCAGAUCUGAAAGUUUCAGGGAGAGUAACCUACAAUGGUCAUGGAAUGGAGGAGUUUGUUCCACAAAGGACAUCUGCUUAUAUAAGUCAACAUGAUCUUCAUUUGGGAGAACUGACAGUAAGAGAGACAUUAGCUUUUUCAGCAAGAUGCCAAGGAGUUGGAGCCCGUUAUGAAAUGUUAGGAGAAUUGUCAAGAAGAGAGAAAGAAGCAAACAUUAAGCCAGAUCCUGAUGUUGAUAUUUAUAUGAAGGCGGCAUCACUUGAAGGGCAAGAGGCCAGCGUUGUAACAGAUUACAUUCUCAAGAUUUUGGGACUUGAAAUAUGUGCUGAUACACUGGUGGGGGAUGAAAUGCGAAGAGGCAUUUCUGGAGGACAACGAAAGCGACUCACUACAGGAGAGAUGAUGGUUGGACCAGCAAGAGCUCUUUUCAUGGAUGAGAUAUCAACUGGUUUGGACAGUUCAACGACUUUUCAGAUUGUGAACUCAAUUAGGCAAUCAAUCCACAUACUUCAAGGAACAGCUGUAAUAUCACUCCUCCAGCCUGCACCUGAAACCUAUGACCUAUUUGAUGACAUAAUUCUCAUAUCAGAUGGGAAAAUUGUGUACCAAGGUGCCCGUGAAAACGUGCUAGAGUUCUUUGAAUACAUGGGAUUCAGAUGUCCUGAGAGGAAAGGAGUUGCAGACUUCUUACAAGAAGUGACAUCGAAGAAAGACCAAGAGCAGUAUUGGACACGCAGAGACGAGCAUUACAAUUUUGUUACUUCCAAAGAAUUUGCAGAAGCAUUUCAGUCCUUUCAUGUGGGCCGGAAACUAGGUGAUGAGCUUGCUGUUCCAUUCGACAAAGCCAAGAGCCACCCUGCUGCUCUAACCAUGAAGAGGUACGGCGUGAGAAAGAAGGAACUGUUGAAAGCUUGCAUUUCUAGAGAAUACUUGCUUAUGAAGAGGAACUCAUUUGUCUAUGUAUUCAAGAUGUCACAACUUAUUCUUAUGGCUUUCAUAACAAUGACAUUAUUCCUACGAACUAAGAUGCACAAGAGUACAAAAACAGAUGGCAUGGUUUUCAUGGGUGCUCUAUUUUUUGUGGUGGUUGUUAUUAUGUUUAAUGGAUUCUCAGAGCUUGCCUUGAGCAUUUUGAAACUUCCUGUAUUUUACAAGCAAAGGGACCUCCUCUUCUUUCCUGCUUGGGCUUAUUCUCUGCCCACAUGGAUCCUCAAGAUCCCAAUUACACUCGUAGAAGUUGUCAUUUGGAUAUGCAUGACUUAUUAUGUCAUAGGAUUCGAUUCAGACGUUGGAAGGUUUUUCAGACAAUUCUUGCUCCUUAUAUGGUUAAACCAGAUGGCUUCUGCAAUGUUCCGUUUCUUGGGGGCAUUAGGAAGGAGCAUCAUAGUUGCCAACACAUUUGGCUCAUUUGCAUUACUUACAGUUUUUGUUAUGGGUGGAUUCGUCUUGUCACAUGGUAAAAGCUAUGAAUCCUGUAUGUGA